CCGCGAUUAUGACUGGACGUCUACUUUGAGAGGAAUUAAUGUGUAUGUAUAUACUAUUUCCCUAAUCACCAUCGUCUCUAUUGAACAUCAGAGGUGUAAUUUGUUGUGAAGGAGUUUUUUCCCCGGAGUCUUAUCGAUUUUGAGAACAGAACAAUAGUUUUCAUCUCUCGGUGAAGUGCAUAGUUUCACUUUGAUAUUUCUUUUGUGUAUGGAUAACAGUAAUACGCAUUUAAAGAAACUUUUGCUGCAUUUUGAUUUAUUAUUAACAAAUGACGCGAAAUGAUCAAGUGAAGAACAAGACAUCUAUUGAAAAUCAUGCCGCGUAUACGGAGAAAUCCUUCCGGGGGAUAUUCCUAUAUACGGUCAUUGUUUCAGGCUUGCUAUGACAAUCCGUUGUUCCAACAAGAAGAGGCGAAGUUCAAUUUAGAUGGUACCCUUGAAAAGAAACCACGCUCUAAAGACUAUGCCCCGGCUGACGAAAUCCCAGAGAUCAAAUUUAAGGAAAAGGACGAAGCGACGAAAAAACGAAAGCUAUGCAUCAUCGGCUUCAUUAUUUGCUGUGUCGCCGUGAUUGGAUUUUUAGUUGGAUAUUUAAUUAGUUCCGCACAAAGAAAAGACACCACACACCCCAAUGAUUACGCAACCACCACACCUACACACGUGCCUUUGUUUUCCUACCAAACAGACACAUUUAACGGAAGCCUGAUUAUAAUAGCUGGACCCUAUUCCUCCUACAAUACAGAUUAUUCAGAAAAACAGUCGAUAGCUUACCAGUAUUUUUCUAGGACAUUUUUAUAUCAGAUGAGUUUAAUAUUUACACAAAGUCCAUAUCGAUCACAAUUCAGUUCUACGACUAUUAACGAGAUCAGACCAGAAAAUGGACAACUGACUGGCGUCCACUUUACCAUAAAGUUAACAUCAUCAAUAAAUGUCUACAAUUGGACAGAAUCAUCGCUGGUGUCGCUGCUUGUUUCCGGUUUUCGAAGUGGAGUGAUUGGAGCGUCACCAAAUUCAAUAAAAAUUACAGCACUCAGGAAAAUUUUGCCAACAACUCCGCCUGUUGUACCAGGACAGUGUUAUGAAGUAAACAUCAACCAAUGCAAAAACCAUACAGCUUAUAGUCUGACAACCCUACCAAAUGCAUUCGGUCAUACUACGCUAUUGGAAGUGACAGCAUCUUCGUCCAAGUACCCCGAAAUUUUUGAAGAUCAAUGUUAUGGAUAUGCUAAAGAUUUCUGGUGCUCGGUGUAUAAUCCUGAAUGUAAAAAUGGACAACCUGUACUGCCAUGCAAACAAUAUUGCCAAGAUGUUAAAUCAGCCUGCGAGAAUACUUCAUUUCCGUUAGAUUGCAACAGUCUACCAAUUUCCAACUGCAGAGAAAACCCAUUCAAACCUGGAAAAUGUGUGGAUGUACCAUUUGGCCAAUAUUACAAUGCCUGCAUUGAUUUGGGAUUUAGUCAAUCGGCAUUUCCAAAUUAUAAUCUUGAUAUCAACUUUCCGAGCCACAAUAUGAUGCUGGAAGUAAUUACUUAUUUACAGAAGACAACACAGUGUUACAAACACUCGCAGUUGUUUGGUUGUUCUGUAUUUGUUCCGAAAUGUUCCGGAACAGAGGUUGUUUUUCAGCAUGCUAUUCCGCCCUGCAGGUCGCUUUGUGAAGAAUACAAGAAGAACUGUUUUGUGUUCUGGGAGAUCUUUGCUAGUCCCUGGCCUCAGAACCUGACGUGUUCAUCACUGCCUGAUGUAAACGACACCUCUGUAUGUAUCGGUUACCAAGAGGCUCACGAACCUCCAGAUAUAAAGGAAUGUCAGCCAAACCAGAUAUCAUGUGACACUGAUCGUUGUAUCGAUGUAUCGUUCUUAUGUGACGGUUAUAGUGACUGUGAAGAUACUACAGAUGAAGCUCAGUGUGCCUCCUGCUCCACUGCAGAAUACAAAUGUAACCCGGCAUCCAACCUAUGCAUCCAGAAGUCCCAAGUCUGCAAUGGAAUUUCAGAUUGUUAUGAAGAAUUAGAAGAAGCCGAAUGUAUAAAACUUGGGAACGGAUCAGACAGUGGUGUUGUUCAGAUUUAUAAUCAUGUCACAGAUAACUGGGAAGAAGUCUGUGCAGAGAACUGGAAUGACACAUUUGGUGAAAUUGUCUGUCAACAACUAGGAUAUAGGGGUAUCAAGACAACACGAUUUCAGACCAAGAGUGCCGUCACGGCCAAGUUAGAUUUACAAAACGUGAAUGAAUCAGCUAACCUGCACUAUCUACAGUCCUUCCUAAAGAAAAGUGCUUCGUGCGCCGGAGACAACGUGGUCAAUCUAGCGUGUGGUGAUAUAAUUUGCGGAACACGGCCAGCACAUUUCUCUUCCCCUCUACGUAUUGUGAAUGGGGACCAAGUCAAGCCCGGUACAUGGCCCUCGCAGGUGGGAUUAUAUGGAGGCAGAAAUAUGCGAUACUUUUGUGGAGGCAGUAUUCUCAAUCAAAACUGGAUAGUUACUGCCGCUCAUUGUCUGGGAGGCAAAUCAACAAUAGAUGAUUUAACAAUAGUUGUUGGCAACACCAGACGAUUUGCCUAUAAUAAAUAUAGACAACUAAAGACUGCUAGUUCUUUGUAUGUCCACGAGGGGUAUUCCUCAGAAACAAUGAGGAACGACAUAGCACUGAUAAAACUGGCGUCCCCUGUGUACUUCAAUGAUUACGUCAGACCCAUGUGUUUACCUGUCAACACCUCGGCAGUUGGAACACGUUGCUUUGCAGUCGGUUGGGGUAAAGCUUCUGAAAAGGCUGUUGAUUAUGAGCCAGUUUUGCGACAAGUUGGUCUUGAUGUGGCAUCUUGGCAAGGCUGCAAACAUGCAAUAGCUACUUCCGGUAUUCCAUCUCCUUAUGAGCUGUCAAAAGAUAUGUUAUGUGCAGGCGGCAGUAGAGGCCACGACUCAUGUCAGGGAGAUAGUGGUGGUCCUUUACUCUGCCAUCAAGAAAACGAAUCGGACACGUGGUACAUGGCGGGAUUGACGUCAUGGGGAAUACGAUGUGCAUUACCAAACGUUCCAGGGAUCUACACCGAGGUUUAUAAAUUCAUUGACUGGAUAAGAAAUAUCACUAACUCCGAGCUUCCCCUUCCGUCAUGAAAUAUGCACCCAUCGUUCGAGUCGCCAUAAUUGAAAUACGCCUUGGUGUUUUAUAAAGAAUUGCAAGAAGUUAUUGAAGAAAAAAGAAAUCCAUAUUAGAUAUAUGUAUCAUUUAAUAUCGUCACGAUCUCAUAACAUAUUUUUCAAUAUUGUUUUUCUAUUCUUGCGUGAUAUUUGUCAACAUACGAGUCCUACACCCAAAACAUUUAUCUUGGAUACCUAUAUGUAGAGGAGAACGCAAUUAUGUUUUCAGUGUUGCAUGCAUUUCUGUUAUUCGGCAUUACUCGUGUCUCUUCUUCGUUCGAAUGAAUACGUGUAUCAUGGUAGUACAUGCAUUAUCUGUAUUAACCAUUGUCUCUCUAAAGAGAUUAUGUAAUUUAGCUAAACAACUCGUACAGCUCCCCAGUCACUGAAAAGGGAAGCUUUACUUAAAAUUCAAGCUGGUCCAGAGUUCUGGGUCUAUUGAUCAGGAGAUUAUACUAAUUCGAGAUAAUCUGUUUACAAAGAAAGAAGUCAUACAUCGAUCAGCCACAUUGUAUCAAACAGAUUCCAUUAAUUUGAAAUGUAAAAUAUAACUUUUAGCCAUCACGAUUCGACAUUUCAGAAUUGGCAAAUAUUGCUUUACUGAGAGAUUUUUUUUAAAUAAAUGAUAUAACACCAUAAAACCUUUUUGAUUUGAAUUUACUCGAUGGAUGUAAAAUAAAUUCAAAAUAUGAAACGACAUUUAGUACCUUCAAAAUUAAAAACGUGACGUAUCUACAUAUUAAUCAGAGGAAUAACGUCUGAGAAUACAAAGUGGACGUGUAAACAUUGUAAUGAUAUAUUUCUACUUGAGUUUUAUACAUCCAUAGGCUAUAUGGCAGGGAGUAUAUCGUAUUGUAUAUAACAUGUGCAAUGAAUACUAUCGUUAUCUGGAUGGUAUGUUAUAUAUCAUUUGUUAAUAAAGAGAGUUAAUAUUUAUAUAUUGUAUGGCUGUAUCUUAUAUUUGUACAAGACUGAAAUAUGUAUCAGCAACAUCUGUUUAUCAACAUGUUUUGCAAAUUAUUAAUUUUUACGACACUGUAGAUCUACAUUUAAAUAAAAAUUACAUUACGUAUAUUUAGAAAUACUCUUAA